GGCAUCUAUUGUUCCUAAGUCAGGCAAUGGGACUGCGUGUUGUUUCUCGAGUGCGAGGACCGCGCGAAUUAAAGGAGAAACGGCUGAACCGAUCGAUCAUCAUUAGCGAGGGUGAAGGGAAAACGAGGAAGCCCGGUGGCAUGCACGCAUAACACGCCGGAUUAACAUACUUAAUCAAGCGUGUUGCCGCGAAGGUAGGCGGUAGAUUGAACGAGUAGCCGAGUGAACGACGAUGCAGCAGCCCCGGCUCCGUUUUCAGUUUCCGAUUAUUUUUGGCAGCAAGCAGAGCGGGCAUAGCUCUCGCCUAAAAAUGCUUGCGACCAAUGGCGAGUCGUCAUUGGUCGGCCGCUGCCACGUGAACAGCCUACGACGGAGGUUCACGACGUUUGCUAGGGAUCCACGAUCGCACAGUCAGCUGCCUAAGGUCCGGUUGGCCAGUCGCAGCCAGCAAAAGUUCUCUUCGCAAAGGUAGACAGGUGUGUUAGCAGCCAGGUACCACGAUGGCGGACGAUGAGAGGAAACGGUCGGUGAAACGAAAUGUAAGCAGACGUUUCACCUUGAAGAAGUUAACGGAGGGGGUUGCGAAGUUGAGGAUAAAUUCUGGUCGGUACUCUACGAUACACCGUCGAACAUAUGUGGUCAUAGUUACCACCGAUUUCGAGCCCCUUUAGCAUGACUUAGGCAUGCGCAAAGUUCACGACGGUCAGCGUUAUUGAGUGGCCGCUGCGUAAAAAUAUACGUGUAGCAUGUCUGCGGUAUAUAUCGGUCGAUUCUAAGGACAUUGUCCACUCUGUGAACUCGCUUGCAUGAUCGCGCGAGCCUGUUAGUAACAUCGUGGCCACCGUGCCAGGCGCUCUUAUCAUCUCAUCCUUCUCCUAAGCUCAGGUCACUGAUUCAUGAUCUAGUUAGAAAAAGAGAAAAAUAUCAGAUUAAAAGGUUUGAAAAAUAUCAGCUGUACUCUAGCUAGUGUACUUGCUCAGUGCUUGAAAAAUGCGCGAUAGAAAUAACCGCAAGACUUGCUGAAAGGGACGACAUGCCAGCUGGAAUUUCCGCUUUGGCGCCAACAGCCAAUGGAGAUCCUUUCGAUCUCGAACGAAAGAAUUCUCCAGCGUUUACCAUUCUCCAGAAAGAUGGGCUAGACACCAAUCUACCUCUUCUUCAUGUGAACGGCGGUGACGAGACGAAUCGAUCGGACGUCGACGAUCGUCUGGAAAAUGUUAAGAACAACAACCUGUUAGACCGAAAACGCAUCAGCAGAUCGAACGACCAUUUGGUCCAGUCGAAUUUACAAUCGAGCCAAGUGAAUCCAUUGAGGAGAGAGGCACGAAGCAGAAGUCAGGAGAGCUCACGCUCGGCGGACAGGAUACCAGCAAUAAAACCGAGCAUGACUCUGUCCACGGAAGACUUUAACGAAGUUCUAAACGCGAAGCUGAAGAAACUUCAAGAACAGGCGCAAGAGAAGGAGGAGCAACGUAAGAGCGCGAAGAGGAGCCAAACCUUUCGUAAAAAGCCAUUCAUCACCACUGUAAAGACUGGCGAAUUUCUAAUGCCACCGCCGGAAGUCGCUGCUCUUCUUGGUAUUGCAACGAAUACCAACGAUACCGAGGACAUCGAUGUUUGUCCUUUGCGGUCAAAGUUCAAGUCGCUCGCGUCGUUAGCCAAGAAACCGGAAGUACGUCAUAGCAGCCACAUUGCAAGGUGUCCGGCUGCUCUCAAGGCCACUGUUGACUUUACCCUCGGAAUGAUGAACGCGACGACCAUGGCUGCCUCGACCUUGGAUGAUCGAACUAAGACCGCUAAGAGAAACGACGCGACUGAUCAACCGAUUCCUUUCGGGAAUAUCAUGUUUGAUCGGCGUGUCGUUCGAGGAAGCACGUAUGCCACUCCUCCUAUUCUCAUCGAUGGAGAGCAAUCGAUAGCAGCGAGGCAAGCGGAAGCCAGAAGGAGGAAUUUGGCUAGGAAACGAGCUCAGGCACAAGCUACUAAAGCUCUGGUUGCUAGGCUAGGCUCGCCACCGCCGGUUCCUGGCCGUAAGCAUGAGCCGGUGCAAACAGAAGUUUACCUUGAAGAGUUGUUUGAGAAACCAGAUGAAACCGAUACUGCGACACAGACUGAUUACUUCCUAGAUAGACCGCCAACACCGAAAUAUUGCCCAGAUAAAGUUGGUCAAGAUGCUUGUACACAGAUUGAACCUGGUGAUUUGUUCGACUUCGACUACGAGGUGCAACCGAUACUCGAGGUACUCGUUGGUAAAACCAUAGAACAGGCAUUAAUAGAAGUUCUUGAAGAAGAAGAGAUUGCUGCUUUGAGGGAACAACAAAGAAAGUUCUUGGAAUUACGCGCUGCGGAAAAAGCUGAGGCGCGGAGACUGGAAGAACAAGAACGAAGACUAAGAGAAGAAAAGGAUCAACGAUUAAAACAACACGAGGACGCGAUGGUAGCUCGAAAGGAAACGGAAGAACGAAUCGCAGCAGCUACCCUUCUAACAGGAUAUAUAGCUGAUCUUCUUCCAGCGGUUCUCGAAGGAUUGAAGAUAUCCGGGUUUCUGUUGGACGAAAUCAAGGCUGAUGUCGAAGAAGGUUUUAUGCCAUGGUUGAUGAAGGAAGUUAAGAAAGAAAUGGGCUAUAUGAUCGAGAGCAAGGAAUUACUUAUGGAUAUCGUCAGAGAAAUUAUAGAAGACCGCGCCGAAACGUAUAAGAAACUUGGCGAAGAGUACGAUGCCUCUAAGACAAGGAAACCGUUGAUGGAUCACAUAGAAGAUGGUGGCAAUGAUCUAAAUUUCAUAAAUUACGAACCACCCGUUAUCAAGAAUACGGACGUCAUUUAAUCCCACCGAUACCACCUAACAUUUUUAUUCGUUCUGAGCCGAGGAAGAGCGACGACAAAUCGAUCAACAGAGCCGAUUGAAAUUCAGAGCGGAAUUUUCGAAGCGAUAGAAGCGCUUCGUGAAAGAUUCGUAUCGAUAAUUAGUUCCAUGCAAAGUAUUUCAAGUGAUGCAAAUAAACAAAACAUUUAUUACUUACAGAAGAAA